GAAUUAAACACACAUCUGUACCGUCCUGCUCUUGAAACGCUCCACACACUCAUAAGAACAUCUACGUCGUCCAUGACUUCCGUUCCAAAACCACUCAAGUUUCUAGGCCCACAUUAUUCUGGCCUCCAGGAACUAUUCGAGACAUGGCCCGCAUCCGAAAACAAGAGUCUAUUCGCCCAUAUUCUCUCUGUUCUCGCUAUGACAUACUCCGAUACUGAAUCACGAGGAACCCUCCGCUACCGUAUUCUUUCUGCAUCUCUCCUCCCUCCUACAUCCAAAAUCUCUGAACCAGGUUCUUGGGGGCACGAAUGCGCCCGUCAUAUUACUGUUGAACUAGGAGGGGAGUAUACCAUCCGUCAAGAGGGUGAAGAAGCAGUCCCCCUACCAGUAUCAGAGGCUGAUUCAGGCGCGCCUAAAUCAAAGCCCGCUCCGGUCCCUCCUCCCGAGGAUGUCACUUUCUUGCGCACGAUACACAAGAUCUACCUUCGAUUCUCGAAAUUCCCCGAAGCUCUCAGUGUCGCGAUCCGCCUUAAUGACGCUGCACUCAUCCGACAAGGCGUCAAUGCCUCUGAGAACCCGGUAAUGAAGAAGCAGCUUGCUUUUCUUCUUGCGCGUCCACAAAUUCCCAUCGAAUGGCUGAAAGCGUCUGCUUCAGAAGACGCAGACGCAGAUGAUGAAUACCCAGAAGACAUCCCAAAGUGCCUAAGCACCACACAGCUCAGUAGACACUUGAAGGAGUUCGGAAAAGAGGUGGGCGUCGCAGAUCCGAAGAGCCUUGAAGAUGUACACAAGAGUCAUCUUGAGACUACGAGUACGUUCCACUUUUUGUACUUCUGUCUCCGCUCGUUAGCAAGGCAUAGCUCCCAUCCCUCCUCGACCCGAAAGCACUAUCACUCGUGA